AUGCUUCUUAUUAUAGGUUGCAGCUGUUUGUUCCACCUCUUCUGCUACAGAGGAUUACAGAGGUGGUCUACAGACUUCAUGAAUUUUUGCUUUGAAAAAACAAACAGCACCAAAGAAAGGUUGUCUCCGAUGGUGGGAGGAGUAGGAGCGAAUGUAGUAGAUCUGGAAGUGAUAAAGCGAAUGUCUGGUGUUUUUGGCAUUUUCACCACGCUUCAUCUCGAAACACCAGCGCACGAUCACAGAUUACUUGAAAGAAACAAGGAAAGAACAAUCCGUAUGCGUGGAAUAACUGCAUUAUUGCGAGGAAACAGUAAAUUGAAUAGAAUCUACCCUGUUAAAGCAUCAUGGGUUGCCACUGUAACACCAAAGAAGGUAAAUGAUGAUGGUUUUGAGAAGAAAGAAGAGAUGAAAAAGGAGGAAGUUGAUCCAAUUGUUACUUUCAGUAAGCCUCCACCUAUGCCACCUGUUCUUGGACCACUUGUUCUCUUCUCGCUUUGGGAAACAUGGUCAACUCCAGACGACAAGUGAUAACUCAAGUUAAGUAACAUUUAAAAUCUUGAUCACUAUAACUAUGUUGUAAAUCUUUUGUAUUAAUAGAAGUAUGAGUUUUUGUCACUUGACCACUUGUUCUCUUCUUGCUAUGUGAACCC